UCUCAGAGCGGCGGCGAUGGAGGCGGACGCAGGUCGAGCGGCGGCCGCUUCCCCGGCCGCUGAGGUGCCCGUGCCCCCAUCUUCCGCAGCCUCCCCCGCGCAGUCCCCGGCCCUGGGCAGCCAGCGCCUCCUGUUCGUCGAUGACCUGGUGUCUGGCACCUACAAGGGGGCCCUGCGGCACGGCAUCGUCGGCCUGAUUCACGGCGAGGUGAGCAGCGGCGAGAGCUCGGACACGGACGAGGAGGGAGCCGGCCGGGAGCGGCCUCUGAAGAAGGGCUACGUUCGGGUGCAGUGGUACCCGGAGGGGGGCAAGCAGGACGUGAAGGAAAUCAAGCUAAAACUAGAAGACCGGUCGCUAAUGCCUCGUGACUUGGUGCGUCGUAUGGGCCCAAAUACUGAUAAUCAGUGCGGAACAGUGAUUGAUGUGAAUAUGGAGUGCACCUUGAAGAUUCUGGGAACAAAUUACAUUCUUCACCCUGUCAACAGCAGAGACUUGCAGCAUAUUUGGCCAUUUGUCUAUGGUGACUACAUAGCCUUUGAUUGUUGGCUAGGGAAGGUUGACAACAUCGUUGCCCAGCUGAUCCUAAAACUAUCAAAUGGAGCCAGGUGCUCAAUGACUACCAGUGACGGCAGUAAGCUGGUUGAUCUUUGUCCCCAUGUCAGUGACUCGGGGCAAUUCUUUGAUGAAUCCUAUGGGUUUUAUCCAGGACAGAUGUUGUUUGGAGCAGCUAAAGUUUUCUCCAAUGUGCAAUGGUUAUCUGGUGUCCGACCUGUACUGAGCAAAAAGAGCAAGUUUAAAGCAGUUGUUGAAGAGGUGCAAGUGGUGGAGCUUAGAGUUUCUUGGAUCACAAAGAGCUUUUGCCUUGGGGGGAGUGAGAGUGUUUAUCCUCCAUCUCCAGUUAUUACACAGGAUAAUUUGCCCAGGGUGAAACGCUUGAACUGUUAUGACCAUGCUCGCAUGGUCCUAGCAGAACGGGCAGUGUAUGUGCUCCCAGGAGAUCCUGAAUGUACUACUAUCUCUUCAGAAGGCCCAGAAGGAAAUUCCAUCAUUGCUGUGAAUUCUGUUGUCAGAAAGGUUAAAAGACUCUUUGACAAAGAGAUGGUGAAGAAAAUUCUGAAUAACGUGGACACCCAAGAAGUGGAUCAUAUGGACAAAUUCUCUGUUGCUUUGGGUGAUGGCUCCGUCAUGGUCACCUCAUCUGUUUCAGGACUUGGUGGUUCAAAACUAAGGUUAGGUUGUGAUGGCGCAACCCAGAUGCCCAUUGGAAUGAAAUCACAGUCUUUAAAUGGGGUUGUACAGAAGGAAUCAAUUUUGAGCAAUGGCCCUGUCCCCACUCAAGUUAACUUACAAAACCAGCCGGAAGAAAGAGUGAAAGAUGGGAACUGGAAGGAUAUUGGGCAGCCUGCAGUGAUUCUGGAAGAAGCUUCAUUGGGAAGAAGUCAAGCUGUAAAGCUGCAGCUUGUAGAACAGGAUGCAGAUGACGAAGGUGCUGAGGACACUGAUGAAACCAGCUCGAUUUCUUCUUCUGCAAGUUCAACUGCAUCAUCGCAAAGUGGCGGACAAGGGCGUAAAAAAAGUGUCCCACUUUCUAUUAAAAACCUGAAAAAGAAGCACAAGAAGAAGAAAAACAAACCCUCCAGAGAAUUCAAACCAGGUGAUAGAAUUGCUGUGGAGAUUCUGAAAACCAGCACUAGUGUGGAUGUGAUGUGGCAGGAUGGCACAGUGGAGAAAAAUAUUCGAUCUAAUGACUUGCUGCCGGUCCAUCAUGUAGAUAAUAAUGAGUUCUGCCCUGGAGACUUUGUGCUGGAUAAGCGUGCUCAAGGUCCCCAGGAAGUUGGUGUGUACGGUGUUGUCCAAUCUGUUGACCACAUUGGGCGGACGUGCUCAGUAAAAUGGUUCAGACCAAAGGCAAAUGGUAGUGAGAUUGAGGUGCUGGGCCACGAGGAAGAUAUUAGUGUUUAUGAUAUUGCUGACCAUCCAGAUUUCCACUUCCGCAUUACUGAUAUUGUGAUCCGUAUUGGGAAUGUGGAAGAAGGGCGAGCUACACAUAAAGUUGAUGAGGAACCUUCUGUUGGCCAAGUAUCUCGUGUUGAUGUUAGUGGCAAGGUUGAAGUAGUCUGGGCAGAUAAUUCCAAAUCCAGUAUACUACCUCAGCAUUUGUAUAAUGUUGAGUCUGACAUUGAAGAAUCUGACCUGGACUCUCUGGAUGGUACCUCCACUGGAGCAACUUCGGAUGAGUGGGAAGAUGAAAGUGAUAGCUGGGAAACGGAUGAUGGUCUGACUGAGGAUGAGAAUGCAAAGGGUAGUGAGGCACUUGAAGUUGGAAUAGAGGUGGCAGCGCAAUUGGAAGAAAGCAAAAGUGAGGUGGAACAAACACAGGGAGCUGGUGCAGCUUCAAGUAGUUCAAAUCUAGAUAAAAUUACAAAGGAUGGAUCGCCCAAAGGCUUUCAUGAGAUAAAGGAAGCCAUCAAAAUUUUGGAAAGUUUAAAGAAUAUGACAGUUGAGCAAUUGUUGACUGGCUCUGCUACCUCCCCAACAAUAGAGCCAGAAAAGCAAACUAAGGAGAAGAAGUUUCGAGAUGAUAUCAAGAAGUUGCAGGAAACCCUUCAGAAGACUCUUGACAAUGUAGCCAUAGUGGAAGAAGAGAAGAUGGAAGCUGUUGCAGAAGCUGAGAGCAAAGAAGAAAAGGUCGAUAUGCAAGUGCCUGUGAAGUCUGAGUGGUCCAGUGAUACACCUGUGCUUUGCCAGCAAAGCAGCAAACCUGGAGUUACGUUCACCAGUGCAAAGGGUGAAGUCUUCUCUGUACUCGAGUCAGUGCCAGAAAGCCAUGCAUUCAAAAAAAUGGAAUUCCAGCCAGCAGAUUCAAAGAAAUUUUUCAGCACUGUGAGAAAAGAAAUGGCACUGCUUGCUACUGCACUUCCUGAUGGCAUCAUGGUGAAAACAUUCGAGGACAGAAUGGACCUGUUCUCCGCUCUAAUCAAAGGCCCAACACGGACUCCAUAUGAUGAUGGGUUGUUUCUUUUUGAUAUUCAGCUUCCUAAUGUUUAUCCUGCAGUUCCUCCACUUUUCCGUUAUAUUUCUCAAUGCAGUGGACGUCUCAACCCCAACUUGUACGAUAAUGGCAAAGUCUGCGUGAGUCUCCUGGGCACGUGGAUUGGAAAGGGAACAGAGAGGUGGACAACUAAAUCUAGUCUUCUCCAGGUGCUCAUAUCAAUUCAAGGGCUUAUCCUGGUGAAUGAGCCCUACUACAAUGAGGCUGGGUUUGACAGUGACCGUGGCCUUCAAGAGGGCUAUGAAAAUAGUCGCUGCUACAAUGAGAUGGCUCUGAUAAAACUGGUGCAAUCUAUGACUCAGCUGAUUCAGAAACCCGUGGAAAUAUUUGAACAGGAAAUAAAAGAGCACUUCUUUACCAAUGGCUGGCGCCUCUUAAACAGGAUGGAGUCUUGGUUGGAAAUUAAUGAAAUGAUCCAAAGAAGUACUGAACUUAGUACUGAAGACAUGUCUGCUCAUAGCUGCGCUUCUGAGGUGGGAGAUGGCCAGGUAGAGCAUCUCUCACCAUCUGCAUCACAGAUGCUUGCUGAAUCUGUUCAGGCCACCAAGGAGCCUGCAAUGGAGAAUUCUGAAAUUCAUGUGAGCGGUAUAGAGCAGAGGUUGUUGGCAGAAGCUGGCUCAGAGGAAAGUAUAUGCCUAGAGAUGGAUUCUACUGAGCAAUUACAGGCUGCAGCUGAAACCUCCUCCCUAACUGCAGAACAGAAGGCUUCAUCACAGGCUAUCGUCAAACCAAAAAGGCGGCGGAAGAGUUACAGGAGCUUUCUCCCUGAGAAGCAUGGUUACCCUGACAUAGGUUUCCCUCUGUUUCCCCUCUCUAAAGGGUUUGUGAAAAGCAUCUGUGGCUGCCUACAGCGAUAUAAGGUAACCUUAAUAGAAUCUGGAAUUCCAGAGAGGAGAGAAGAGAGAUGAGCACUGCAUCUAUGCCACGGGUUUACAAAGUUUUCUAGACUUUUGAUAAUUGUGUAAUAAAGCAAAAGGAUAGUGAGCAAAUCAAGGCUGCUCGCUUUUUGUAUCUGGAGUGGAGAAGGAUUAAUGUGCAUUAAGUGAGGGAGAGAAGCCUCAGCCUGAGCAUUUCAAAGCAUGUUACAUAUGGUAAAUUGCAUCCCUGCUGAAAAAUGGCUGCACAAUGAGACCCUAAGAUGUAAAAAAAACAUUGAUAAAUGUUUCUCCCAAUAACAUUAAAGUGGAGUUUAUAGCUUGAUGUAUACAGUAUUUAAUCCAGAUUUAAAUGUCUACACAUGUGGACUUGUAUUAAGUUCAGAAUGCUUGAUUGCUUCCUAUUUAUGUAGAAAUUGUGGGAGUGCGUGCUUUAUUUUUUAAAAUUAAUUUUUGGUUGCCUUAUACUAGUGUAAUAUAAGACUUUACAAUUAAAUUGGCCUUAAGAUGUCGCUGAAUAUGGGUUUCCACAUUCUUCAUUUCUCAUUGUUUAUUGAUUGUUGCAACAUUCCAGUAGCAUGAUGAAUAAGUGUGGUAUAACAUUAUG